CUUUGAACCAACAAGUGGUGGGCAUCUUUCAGCGAGACAUUUCAUCAGGUUCUGAUCAGGGUUCGCCAUCAACGUAAAUCAUCGUCAAACCUUUCCCAGCUCUAUCAAAAAUAUGCACUCUUCCAUCGUACUUAACGUAGUAGGUAAAGAUCUGAUCUCCCUUACUGAGUGGCAAUUGCGAAGUUACACAACGUUGCUCAAGCUACAGCUUUUUUAUAAUUCAUAUUAAUUGAACAAUCGGAGAUGAGAAAUUGAUCAGUGAAGGUCAUUCUGUCGAGAUGCACAGCAUAUGUACCUCACGUUGCAUGUGAAUGCGACGAUUUGGGGGAGGAAUCGCCAGUUGUGUGGCAGCUGGCUGGCCAUGAGGCUGGCUUGAUUCUGUAUAGGUACUCAGGUACCACGUACAUAGAAAGCGCCUUAUCACAUGCGGACCCAGAAAAAUUCGUCGUAGAUUUUAUCGAGCCGUAGCUUGCCUUACCAUCAGCCCCGCCGCCUAAAAGUAUAUCAACAACUUCGGUCAAUAACCAAUAUAUCUCUUUUACAAUCUCAGACAAAGGGUAGGAAGGAAAGAGGAAAUGCCGGCAAGAACGAAAGCUCACGCCCCCAGCGCAGAGGAUGCUCAUAUGGAGGAUGCUACUCCCACAUCGGCACAGGUCACAAACAGCCAAGAAGACGGCGACCCCAUGGAGGAAGAUGAGGAUAAUGAGCUUGGCGAGGAAGAGGAGGCUGAAGAGCCUCAGAGAGUCCGCAUUCUGCCCGGAUCUACAAGCACAGCAGCAUCCUUUGAGUUCCUUAAGGAGGGCCAUACUCUGGGUAAUGCCCUUCGAUUCAUCAUCAUGAAGAACCCCGAUGUCGAAUUUUGCGCUUAUGCUAUCCCCCAUCCAUCAGAGGAGAAGAUGAAUCUAAGAAUUCAAACUUAUGAUACAACAACAGCCACUGCAGCAUUAGAAAAGGGGCUGCAAGAUUUAGAGGAUUUGUGUGAUGUGGUCUCCGAAGAAUUUUGGGCACAAAGAGAGAAGUUUAUGGCAACAAAGUCCCGAUCGGCUUGAUCCGGCAUAAUUGCUUUAGGCUUUCACAACAGGCUCGGUACGAGAGAUAGAAAAUUCGUUAUAGGUAUAGCAUAGUGCGGCGUUUGGCGUAAAACCACGUCUAUAGAGGCAUUCGGGCUUCUUGAUGUUUCAUGUACAAUAUAUGGACUUCUGAUACCCAAUUCUAAUUGCGCCC